UUAGAAACAACAGAAUACUGUACUGAUUUGUAUUUUCGAAACUACUUUUCAUCCAUAUCUUCUCCCCAGUAGCUCAGCAAUCUCUGUCAGCCAUGUCGUCGACACAAGAAUGUCCUACUCGCAACCGUCGUGUCUACUUGGAUAACAACGCCACGACCCCAUACGCUCCUGAGGUGCGCGAGGUGAUUUCAUCUGCCCUAGCAGAACACUGGGAGAAUCCCAGCUGUGGCUACGAGGAGGGCUGUCGUGCAAAGGCCCUGCUGAUAGAGUCCAGAGCCAAGGUCGCCGCGGCAAUCGGCUGUCGCAAUGCGGACGAGGUCAUCUUUACCUCCGGCGGCACAGAAGCCAACAACUGGCUAGUGCGAUGCGUUGAACUGCAGCAGGCCUCUAGCAAGCAGCCAGUGCAUAUAGUGACGAGCAACAUUGAACAUCCGUCUGUCUCUCUGCCAAUCGGGGAUCUGUGCUCGCGCAAUCCGUCUGUCACAUGCACACACGUGCCAGCGGACGCGAGCAGCGGUGCCGUGCGUGUCGAGGACGUCGUAGCGGCGCUGACGCCGCUCACCGUCCUCGUCAGUGUGAUGCUCGCGAACAACGAGACGGGCGUGGUGCAGCCCAUCUCCGCCAUGUCCAGCGCCGUCCGUGCCUGGGCCGCGACCGCCGGCGUUCGACCCCCGCCGGCCGUUCACACCGACGCCGCGCAGGCCCUGGGGAAAAUCCCCGUCGACGUGGCGCGCCUCGGCGUCGACUUUCUGACCCUGGCCGGCCACAAGUUCUAUGGCCCGCGGAUCGGGGCGCUGUAUGCGCGCACGGGUGCUCCGCUGCGACUCCGUCCCAUGCUGCUCGGCGGCGGGCAGGAGGGCGGCUUGCGCUCCGGCACCGAGAACCUGGCCAUGGUGGCGGGCUUGGCGCGAGCGUGCCAGCUGGUGUCCGACGACCGGGAGCUCACCACUGCCAAGUGUAUGGCGGAGACCUGCUCUCAACUGCGCCGUGGAUUGUCGUCGGCGCUAGGCGAACGUGGCGUGCAGUUUAACUGCCGCAGUGCUGGUGCCGGUGCCGGUGCUGGUGGUGCUGGUGGUGCUGGUGGUGCUGGUGCUGGUGCUGGUGCUGGUGGUGCUGGUGCUGGUGCUGGUGGUGCUGGUGCUGGUGGUGGCGAUGGACUCGACGAUGACCCUACUGCUGCUGCUGCUGUUGGUGCCAACGUACUGCCGAACACGUGCAGCGUGGCCUUGCUGUGCAUUCCGGCGGCGUGCACUGGGCGCGACGUGCUCAGCCGGUGUCACCAUGUCGUGGCCGGCGUCGGCAGUGCCUGCCACACACACGCCAGCCAAGAUAGCGGUAGCAUCACUGGCAGCAGCAAUGCGGGAACGGGCAGCAGCAACACAGGAACGGGCACGAGCAAUACGGGAACGGGCAGCACGCUGACACGCAGCGGGGUGUCGGCAAACGCGGCUCGCUGCACGCUGCGACUCAGCACGGGUCGCUACACCAGCAGUGAUGACAUUGCCGUUGCAGUGGCGGAUAUUGUGCAAGCGGUGCAACAGCUACAGAGCGAAUACGAAUCUGCAUAGCGAUGCCAUAGUCUGCUGAAUCGUUUACUGUCAGCACGGGCCGCUAUACCAGCAGCGAUGACAUCGCCAUGGCAGUGGCGGAUAUUGUGCGAGCAGUGCAACAGCUACAGGGCGAAUACGGAUCUGCAUAGCGACACGAUAUUCUGCUGAAUCAUUUCCCCCUGUCAGCAGGCUGAGUUAUUAUAGUUUUUAGUGCAAAGCAGUGUCCGUUGACGUGCAGAAGUGCUCUAGCAAGUUUAGUGUCUGCAUUUCCUGUUUUUCUGUACUGGAAACGUUUAGUCCUUUCACAUGUGGCAAACCAUGGCAGUAUGUUUGGUUCGAGUGGCCACCAUCGCGCAAACUGUAUCCUCGGGAUGAUGAUAUCUGUGGCCUCGCUUCAGUUAAUUUUGCAGAUAUAUUCCCAGUAAGCCAUGAACGGAGAUCCCCUCGACUAACUUAUGCCUCGGCAUUUGGGGAAUCCAUAAAUAAAUAAAUAGAAAAUUUUAAAAAAAGUU